AUGGGGACAGUAUCACAGCUCGGACAAUCGUUGGCUACUCUCAAACUCCAGCUAGCUGUCGAGGAUUUCCAGAAUUUAGGCGUGACCCCAUGGUUUAGCUACACUGUCACUCUACCUGAGCGCCCGAUUCCUUCCCUCUCCGACCGACCGCAUAUCAAGACACCACGCCUUAUUGUCCGACCGAUAAUAUCCGACGACCUAGAAGGGUUUUUCCAGUUGCGCAGUGUGGCCGAAGUGCAGCGACAUUCAAAAAUUCGGGGUCGGCCAGAUAAGAGCAAGGACGAAACGAGCCAACACAUUACCGCAUUCGAACAAGAUGACCAGGGCCACUGGUACUUCGGCGCGUUUCUCCAAUCCACAGGCGAGUUGAUAGGAGAGGGUGGCCUGCCGGAUUGCCAGCAUAUGUUUACAUCUGCCUCUGGAUGGCCAGAAGCCGAAUUUUUUAUCAAACCCGAAUAUUGGCGACAAGGUUACGGUACAGAGUUUUUCAACGCCGUGAUGGAUUCUUGGUGGGAUCUACCGCGCGAAAAAAGAAGACAUCAACUUAUUCCCGCCGUUGCACCUACAUUGGAGCCAGGCGACCCAGUCCCAGAGGGCGCUGUCUUCCAAUGGGAGGAUGGCAAUGAUGCAGCGCGCUCCUUUUUCGCCAAGGUUCUUGCGCAAGCCCCAGUCGGCGCCGAGGGUGGCUUCGAGAGCAUCGACACACGGGAAGGCCGAGAAGGGAAUCUUGUGCGUUGGACUGGCACGUUAGUGACUAACCCAAGGCCCGUGAACCUUGAGGAAGAGUGA